GAUGCUGUUGGUAUGCGCUGCGAUGUCCAACUGCAGCCCACGCAUCCCCGAACUGUGCUGAAUUACGGUGAAAUAGAAAAGACGUGGGAAGAGAUCGGCAGCUCAGGCACACGCGUGUCGUGAUGAGAUGACACGGCCAACUGGACACACUGCGUGGUCACUGCAGGGACGUGAGGGGGAAAAUAACAGACAUGAAGGGAAUGGACUCGCGACCUAAAGACACCUUUUAAGAGGAAGACGAAGAGAAUGAGGCUCCUCACUGGUACGUCUGCCAGCAGCUGAAUCCACAAGUGUGAAGUGUUUUUAUUCCCUCCUGCCCGACGUGGCCCCACCCUGUCUGAAAGCUGCAGGUCCCAUUUUCCUCCAGCAUGACGGUUGCUACCGGUGACCCCACGGAUGAAGCAGCGGCACAUCCGGGACAGCCUCAUGAACAUUAUGAUCCAGAGCCAGACCACGAGUGCUGCGAGAGAGUCGUCAUCAACAUCUCAGGCUUGCGCUUUGAGACACAGCUCAAGACCCUCUCUCAGUUUCCGCAGACACUACUCGGCGAUCCCAAAAAAAGGAUGAGAUAUUUUGAUCCUCUGCGGAAUGAAUACUUUUUUGACCGAAAUCGUCCCAGUUUUGAUGCUAUUCUGUAUUAUUACCAAUCAGGAGGGAGGCUGCGUCGGCCUGUUAAUGUGACCCUGGACAUUUUUUCCGAGGAGAUACGCUUUUAUGAAUUAGGUGAGGAGGCUAUGGAGAUCUUCAGAGAGGACGAAGGUUUCAUAAAGGAAGAGGAACGACCUCUGCCAGAGAAUGAAUUUCAGAGACAAGUGUGGCUGCUGUUUGAGUAUCCAGAGAGCUCAGGUCCCGCUCGUAUCAUUGCCAUCAUUUCUGUCAUGGUGAUUCUUAUCUCUAUUGUCAGCUUCUGCCUGGAGACACUGCCAGUUUUCCGAAACGAUGAUGAGGAAAUGUACAAAUAUGCACACCAGUCUAUGUACAACAUCACCUCUACCUAUGACAGCUCUCCAUAUUUUACAGAUCCCUUCUUCAUUGUGGAGACCCUCUGUAUCAUCUGGUUCUCAUUUGAGUUCCUAGUCAGGUUCUUUGCCUGCCCCAGUAAAGCAGGAUUUUUUGGCAACAUUAUGAAUAUCAUUGAUAUUGUGGCAAUCAUCCCUUACUUCAUCACACUGGGCACUGAGCUGGCAGAGAGGCCAGAGGACAGCCAAGCAGGACAGCAAGCUAUGUCUUUAGCUAUUCUCCGUGUCAUCCGUCUAGUCAGAGUGUUCCGUAUAUUCAAACUCUCACGUCACUCCAAGGGGCUCCAGAUCUUGGGACAGACUCUGAAGGCCAGUAUGCGUGAGCUUGGACUCCUCAUCUUCUUCUUGUUUAUUGGUGUGAUCCUCUUCUCCAGUGCUGUCUACUUUGCCGAAGCAGACGAGCCAGAGUCCCAGUUCUCCAGCAUUCCCGAGGCCUUUUGGUGGGCUGUGGUUUCCAUGACCACUGUAGGCUAUGGAGACAUGGUCCCAGUAACUAUCGGUGGAAAGAUUGUGGGGUCUCUCUGCGCAAUCGCUGGUGUGCUGACUAUUGCCCUGCCUGUACCUGUAAUCGUGUCUAACUUCAACUACUUCUACCACAGAGAGACGGAGGGUGAGGAACAGGCACAGUAUCUGAAUGUCCCAAGCGUGCCUAAAGCCAGCUCAGCUGACGACCUGAAGAAGAGCGGCCGGAGUGGCAGUGGCUCCACACUCAGCAAAUCUGACUAUGUAGAGAUCCAAGAGGCGGUGAACCACAGCACCGAGGACUUCAGACCAGAGAGCAUGAAAACUGGAAACUGUACCCUGGCCAACACUAAUUACGUAAAUAUCACUAAGAAGCGUACAGAUGUAUAAUGUGAGCUGGUAGUGAUAGUAAACUUCAACUGGGUCUACAGGGACUACAGGGACUACCUGGGGUGACUAAUGUAUGGUGCCCAGGAUGAGAAUCCACAGCAGAUGAGUGAGAUUCUCUCAGAGAAAAGGCCAAGAGAAAGACCUCACAUUCUCCUAAUAUCCUAUGGACCUAUCAUUGCAUAUUAUAGAACUACUCCCUGUCUUCUUUAGGACAUAGUCAGUGUGUGCAUGUAGUUAAUCUUUAACUAUACAACAGUAGUCGUCCUGCUUGCAAAAGUAGCCAAAUAGUAGCCUAACCAAUACUAAUCAAUAUUAACAGUGUAAUGGGACCAUACGUUUAUACAUUGUUGCUCAAGCUGCCGUUGGGUGAAGUUGCAAGAUAGCAAUAAUCAUGUAGAUCAAUGUAACUUUUCAUUUUAAAAGCACUUUGUUAACUUGUGAUUAAAACAAAAAAUAAAUAAAUAAAAAAAUGUAUUAUCAGCAUUCAUGGGCAACUGUAAUCAGCUGCUCUAACUGCCAAGGUCCAGACUCAGAGAAAAAACUAAAUCAAAGACCACAGCUGUUCUGUCAGGGGAAAACAUUCAUUGUGACCCGUGUGCACUAGCUUUACUCCCUGGGCCUGCUAGAUAUUUUCUAGUACAAGCUAGUGUCCUCUGUCGAGACCAACAGAUAUGACACUCUGUAGUUGUGGACCACAAGAGCACAUCACCCCUUUUCCUGCCAUUUUACAGAGUAGAGUGGAUUUUAUUGUAGAAUACGCACUCACCGAGACUCUGCCUUUUUCCAAUAACUGGAGGCUACAGCAGGUGGACAGAGGAAAUGUCCCUCUAAACAGAGUGAAUGUCCUAUUUUUUGCUGUAUGUUCAUUUGUAUGUUUUUUUUAAAGUAACAUGAUGAAUGUGUGCUUCUAGCUUACAUUUGUAUGAUCAACCACCCGUUAUAGACCUUAACUUCUUAACUGUACCUUCAAGUGUCUUGUCCGCUGCCACCUGCUCCACUGUAAUAGCAACAGCAUUAAUGUCACGAUUGUUGACUUCAUAGCAUUCCAUGUGUGUAGAAAUAGAUCUGAUGAGAUUAAGUAGCAUAUCUAGGGGGGGGAGUUUUGAUCACUGUUGUUCUCUGAAGCAACGUUUCAGGUUUUCUGUUGCAGAAUCGGAUGCACAGCUGUACGUUUUCUUGACCAUACAAAUCUCACAUGAGCGAUCAAAGAGAAUCACUGAAGCCUGUCAUGAGCUCUCUGUCAUAGACUCCUCGCUAAAGCUAGGGUUGGCAAUUUGUCUCUGAAACACUUGUUUGUUCAAAUCCUCUUCCGUUUGCACUAUAACCUGAUGAGAGUGGGUGGGAUGCAUUGGUUGCAUUUUUGUAAAAUGAAGCCUUUCCAGUCUUACAAACUAUUGGUUUAACAAUUUUAAAGUGUGGGCUUUUCCAGACUUCUCAUUUAUAGCUUUAAAAAUCCAGUAAGAUCAGUAAACGUCUCCUUGCCUCUGGUUCAAGUAAUUCAAGAUAUUGCUGUUGGAUUUAAGUGUAUUAAAUGUUGCUAGCUGAACUAUUAGGUCACCAAAGACACCUGGAAUAUAGAGAACGUGUCCUUUAUUACCAUACAAAAGAUUAUCUUCUGCUAUUGUAGUGAUGCAUGCCCUGUGAGGUUCAUCAUAGCAUGCAUUAGUAUGAACAAUACAUAAUCAAAAGGCAAAUUUACUCCAAUAUAUCCUUCUAUUUGUAGAGGUACUGGCUCUAUGUGCAAUCUAUGAAACCAAGUGGUCUUUGCUUGUGGAGUAUGAGUGAUGCUUUGUGUAUGCAUCUUUCUGCCAGUGCUAUCGCAACCUAUGUUAAGUAUUUACCCAGAGAGGUUGUGUGUCCAUGAGAAGGUCUGUAAACUGUCUCUAACAAAAGGAUUUAGGAUUUCUGAAGUGUGGAUUUAUGAGGUACUGGCACAUUGUCAGAGCUCACUGCACUGCGAGUGCUCCCUUCGCCUUGAAUUAAACAGACAUGCUGCCAGUGAAAACAGGGCUGCUAAUGUGGACACAUGGAAAAACAGAUUUAAGUCAAAGGGCACACGUGAUAAAAUAUUAGUAUAUGUUUCCCACUUUAUCUCAUUAUUAGCCUUUCCCAACUGGAAACUGAAGUUGGUGUUGCUUUGCAACUCACUUCCCUUACCAUGCAUAGAAGAAAAUCAGUGAUUUUACAUCAGCACUUGGAUCAACAACACAUGAGUGCCAAACUCAUGUGUUGUUGAUCAAAGUGCUGCCUCCAUCAACAAGCUUCAAAGUUUUGUGACUUCAUUCAUUUAGAUUUAUCUAAGUAACGCAAACUUACCAAAUGAGGCAGCAGUAGACCAGCAGCUUUUGUGUCCCUCCAAGCUAAAAACAUUGAUUUGAUACAGGAGAGUUUCCAAAGCAAAACAAACUGAAGGUUCCAGUUGGAAAAAGGCUGCCUAACAGUGAGAUAAUGUAAUUCCAGCCAAUGCCAAAAUGUGGGCUGAGACCUGAGUUAGGGCAAGGAGAAGUUGUCUAGUAGUGACAUCUGACACCAAGUUGCAGAUGUCUAGCCUAUCAAUGCCUCACACCAUCCAUCAAGAAAGAAGGGGAGGAGACUGGGACAAUGAGCCUCAAUAACAAAUCAAAUUGGUUUCGGGGUUUAGUCAAGAUAGCGUGCACUUAAGCAAGUGUAGAUUUUAUUAGGUGAGCUUUUUGUGUGCACGUAUUCAUUGACGUGUGCUUGCCUAAUUCUUCGCUGAGGGGAUGCACACGGUGCACUCAGUAGCUCACAACCACACAUGAUAAACAUAAACUAUGAUUUUUAAAGGAAACGAGGAAGGUUUUGACAGGCUUGUGUCUUGCUCUUCUCGGCUGUAAAGUCCUCAUAUUCUCAUGUAUGUCUCAGAGUGAAAGCACAACAGUGGCUACUCCUGUGUGUGCUGCCAAACCCAGUGGACUAUUCAAGCAGUUGUUCCAUCUGACAUUGUGCUCAACCAAGUGCAUCAUCACGCUCCAAGGGACUGCUGGAGUGUCUGUCUCUGACAUAUAUGUCCAUCACGCUAAGUGUUGUCUCUGAUUGUGCGCAGAGUGUCUAUAAGAGACCAAGAGAGACAGAUGGACAGAGAGAGAGAGAGAGAGAGAGAGAGAGAGAGCUUUUAGACAGAAGCGGAGAGUGUGUAGCUUUUAAAUACAAUGUGGUAGCAGUUCUACAACACUCUCCUUGACUCCAUGCCGGAGUGACUAUUGAGCUUCUCCACCUUUACAGGCUGUUUACACACUAUAUACACUGAACACAUGCAUGUAGUAUAUUAAAUAGAAACUAAAGGAAUAUGUUGCCACGCUCACUUGAGUUGAAGAGAGGAAAGAGAGGAACGAUUGGGGAAGAACAACACGAUGAUGAAAGUGAGGUAAACACUGCCCAGACCCUCUGAUGUAUUUAUGUAUUUCUCCACACUGUACUGGAACACCUUAAUGUGACUUAAUGUGAUUGAAGGCCUCACAUGGACUGCUCUGUUUCCCUCUCGUUAGCAAGCACACAACUGAUGUGACAUGGUCUGUCAACACAGACAGAAACCAUUGAGACACCACAUGGGGAUCUGUACCAAGAAAACACACAAUUGCUGUAUAAUUUACAAACAGAGACAAGAAGUCACAUGGCACACACACUGGACUUUGGGACAGCUGCUGUACACACAUGUACACACAAUACCUGCCAAUGUACACCUGCUAAAUGCUGUCAGGACAGAGAUGCACCCGUCAAAAUUCAGUACCCAAACAAAAACUGAAUGGACUGAGAAUGCAUGUAAAACAAUAGAUGUACAAGUUACAGCUGCUGCCAUUGAUGUCAUAAACUGCCUGAAGCUUCAGCUUUAACACACUCUUGCCAUGACGUACAGACUCUCGCGCCCGCAGGGAAUCCGUGUGUGCUAAAUGAAAUAAUGCAAGAAAUUAGGUUUCAUAGGAGGUGAAUUAGCUUUUAGGUUUGUGUGCUAAAGAGAAAGGAUGGAUGUGUAUGAAGGAAAUAACAUUUCUGAGAACUUUUACCUUUAUGUUAUGUUUGUCAUUCAUUUAUUGUUUGUUUAUUAACCAUGUUUUCAUACUUGAAAGUUAUUAUCAGCUCAUAUCAGUGAGGUCUGACUGAAACACAUGAGUAGGCCUUGGUCAAUUGGCUCCUUUCUUUAUUGUCUGAACACAUACUGCAUUUAAUUUGCCUUCUUCAGCCAUUUUUCUGAUUGUUUCUAGCUCCUUCAUUGUGUUGUGUUGUCAUGGCUGGAUUCUGCUCUAACUUUAUGUAUGAAAACCUUUUUUGUUUGUUUAUUUGUUUUUGUACUGUUGUAAGUUAAAUGCUUAACCAAGAUGCAUUCUGUCUGUUGUUACAUAAAAGGGAAAUGGAUCUGGACACUUGACAUUAGAAAAUGUCAUGAAAGAGACACUUUUGUCAUUGAAAAUCAUUGUAAAAAUAUAAAUAAUAGUAUGAUGAUUAAAACAAUAACAACAUCUUUA